AUGAAAACGAUUUUUAUAGAUCAGCCAGUUGGCGCAGGGUAUUCUUAUGGAUCCAGGACCGCGCGAAACACCCCAGACGCUAUGUCAGAGCUAUACGAUGCACUCCAGAUAUGGCUUUCAAGUCCACAUUUUUCUAAGUUUGUCGGCAGGCCGUUCGGCGUUUGGACUGAGUCUUACGGAGGUCAUUAUGGGCCCGGUUUGGUAGAUCACAUCUUGACGAUGAAUGUUAAGCUGACCAGCUCCUCUCAAAAAGGAAGAGUCGUGAUACCUGUUCAGUCACUGGCUCUCGGGAAUGCUUUAAUCAACGCGCGGGAACAGUUUCUGGGAUAUUUGACUUUUGCCGAGUCUAAUCCAUAUAAUCAAACCUUGGUUCCGCCAGAGGCUAUCAAGAUCGCCUACAAACAUUUCUAUCAGCCAAAUUCUGGGUGCUACGAUUCAAUCAAAACUUGUCAAGCAACCUUGGACCCGUACAAAUGCAGACAUGCGUCUAGUUAUUGCGCCACUAAAGUUUUCGCAGUUUUAGCGGGUGAUCGAAAUGUGUAUGAUGUUCGAGAAGAUGAUUCGAAUCCAUACCCGCCAAAUUUAACACCAGUGCUGAACGAUUCGAAGUUCAAAGCUUCAAUGGGGGUGCCGUCAACCGUGCAAUGGGUCCAAUGUAACGACGAUAUUGACGAGGAAUUUGAAUCAAGUGGUGACUGGAUGCGGGACUAUUCCAAACAAUUAGAAAGGAUAAUCAAUUCCGGGGUAAGAACUUUGCUUUACGCAGGGGAUGCCGAUUUCAGGGUUAACUACCAAGGAAUGGAGAAAUUAGUCGACUCUCUGAAGCUUGAUGAUUCGAAAUCACUUGUCAACCAGAAUUUCACCAAUUGGUAUAUUGGUGAAGAGAAAGCGGGAAUCUACAAGACGGCAAGCACGUUCACUUACUUGAGACUAUUCGGUGCAGGACACGAGGUUCCCGCUUAUGCCACCGGCAACCUUCCCAGGGGUAGAGCAGCUAAAGCGUUUUUUGAUCAAAUUAUUUCCAAUAUGACCAUCACGUCCUUGAAGGCAUAA